GGGUGGGGCCUAGGCUGCGGGAGCGGGAGGGGGGGAAAGAAAAGGGAAUUCCAACCUGUGGAAUCCUGGAGGUCCCCGUGGGCAGCACCAUCCCAUUGACUGUGGAUGGUGUCAGGAACAGAGCCUCUGGCGGCUCGUGGGGGGGUUUGGGGGCCCGCAGGGUGAAGGCGGAGGGGAGUGUCGGGUGUGAGGGCAGUACGGGAGUUCCAAACUUAGAAUCUUGAGGCCCUCAGGGCUCAGGUGCGGGGAGAGGGAGCUCGGGCCGCCAUGCGGGACAGGACCCAAGAGCUGAGGCAGGGGGAUGACAGCUCGGACGAUGAGGACAGGGAGCGGGUCGCGCUGGUGGUUCACCCGGGCACGGCACGGCUGGGCAGCCCGGACGAUGAGUUCUUCCAGAAGGUCCGGACAAUUCGGCAGACCAUUGUCAAGCUGGAGAAUAAAGUCCGAGAGUUGGAGAAACAGCAGGUUACCAUCCUGGCCACGCCCCUUCCUGAGGAUAGCAUGAAGCAGGACCUGCAGAACCUGCGCGAAGAGAUCAAACAGCUGGGGAGGGAGAUCCGCGGGCAGCUAAAGGCCAUUGAGCCCCAGAAGGAGGAAGCUGAUGAGAAUUAUAAUUCAGUCAACACAAGAAUGAGAAAAACGCAGCAUGGGGUCCUGUCCCAGCAAUUCGUGGAGCUCAUCAACAAGUGCAACUCGAUGCAGUCCGAGUACCGGGAGAAGAAUGUGGAGCGGAUCCGGAGGCAGCUGAAGAUCACAAAUGCUGGCAUGGUGUCUGAUGAGGAGCUAGAACAGAUGCUGGACAGCGGGCAGAGCGAGGUGUUUGUGUCCAAUAUACUGAAGGACACGCAGGUGACGCGGCAGGCCCUAAAUGAGAUCUCGGCCCGGCACAGCGAGAUCCAGCAGCUUGAACGCAGUAUUCGUGAACUUCAUGAGAUCUUCACUUUUCUGGCUACUGAGGUGGAGAUGCAGGGGGAGAUGAUCAACCGGAUUGAGAAGAACAUCCUGAGCUCAGCAGACUACGUGGAACGUGGGCAGGAACAUGUCAAGAGGGCCCUGGAGAGCCAGAGGAAGGCCCGGAAGAAGAAAGUGUUGAUCGCCAUCUGUGUGUCCGUCUUUGUCCUCAUCCUGGUAGUCGUCAUCGCCGUCUCGGUCACGACCUAAUAGCAUCGUGCGUUCUCGGCGCUCAGAGCCCGGGACCCAGGUGUGCCUUCUCUGCCAGCAGCUGGGGCGGGGGCAGCACAGACCCUGCCGCCAGACCCCCUUCCUCACACCGGCCUGUGCAGAGGGGCCGAUGGCUCUCCUGGGGUUGGCAGCCACCUGUUCAUGGGGGCCUCCCCCUGGGGCCACAGUGGCUGGCGGAGGGCCUGCACUGUCCUGUUUGGAUGGGACACAUGGUUUUGUAAGAAAUUAAAACACACACAAAAAAG